AUGACUGAUGAAAACAAAAAUAUUUCAAUGCAAUUGUGGAUCUCAAAGAAUGCAGGAGUAUUUGUAAAGUUGAUGACCUUUACAGCAGCCAUCAUUGCUUUUCCUAUUGUGACAUUUUUCCUUACACUUCACAGCUUAUUUGAAGGCAAUACAACCUAUGCAGCUAUUGCAGCAGUUAUUAUGGUCAAUUUGAUAUUAGCCUUAUAUAUCAUUACAGCUUAUUUUGAAACGCCCUUGGAUGAAGAAAAGAGACCAAAGAAAGAAUAG